AUGGUAGUACUAUAUGUGCUUGCCAUUCUGUAUAAAAACAGACAAUCCCGCAGUGUGGCAGGAUUAUCCUGUUUGACGGUAUCAUCAACAUCAUCUUCUGCAGCUCUCUCACUGCCUGCCUUUAAGAAAUUCCAGCGUAGUUUUCUGAUUGUUUACUUUCUUGCUAUGGCCGCUGACUGGAUGCAGGGCCCAUAUGUAUACCGUCUCUACUCACACUAUGGCUUUAGUCGACAGGAGAAUGGCAUUCUGUUCAUCGCCGGCUUUGGGGCUUCAUUACUGUUUGGCACGUGGGUUGGACCUUUUACCGAUAUGUGUGGACGACGUAAGGCUUGUGUGAUGUAUGGUGUGAUCUACACACUUAGUUGUGCGACAAAACACGUCAACCACUUUUGGGUACUUAUCGUAGGAAGACUGUUGGGUGGAGUGGCCACAUCAUUGCUGUGGUCAGCGUUUGAGAGUUGGAUGAUUAGUGAACACUACACACGUGGAUAUGAUGCGGCUUCACUCAGCCACACUUUUUCACUCAUGAGUACAGGGAAUGGAUUGGUAGCGGUGGUUUCUGGGCUUGUAGCGCAGUGGGCUGCGGAUACUUUUCAACACCCUGUUGCCCCAUUUGAUGUGAGUGCUAUUCUACUCUUACUUUGUAUGGCUCUUAUACUUAUGCAGUGGUCGGAAAACUACGGUAGUGUGCAAACAAGUAUUUUUGGACAAAUGCGAGAAGCAGCUAUGGUGGUACAUCGUGAUAGUCGAGUGGCUCUUACUGGUUUACAACAAUCUUUGUUUGAAGCUGGUAUGUAUGCUUUUAUAUUUCUCUGGACACCUGUAUUGGAGUCUGAUGGGGAUGUUCCACAUGGAAUUGUUUUUGCAUCUUUUAUGGUGGCUGUGAGUUUGGGUGGAAUGUUGUUUAACCUGCAGCUGGAGCGGGUUGUGGGGUGUAUGCCGGUAGUUUACACACUUGCUGCUAUUACUAUGCUGGUGCCUGCCUUUGCAAAUACCAGAUUUCUCAAAAUGAUAGCGUUAACAUCUUUUGAGGUGGUGGUGGGUUUCUUUUGGCCUUGCAUUGCAACCCUGCGGGCGGCGUAUAUUCCAGAGGAGUAUCGGGCAUCUGUGAUGAAUCUCUUUAGAGCCCCAUUGAAUGGUAUUGUCUGUUUUCUUCUUUACUUUCAGGGAUACAUGGGGCUACAGAUAAUAUUUUUCCUUUCCUCACUACUUCAUGUGGGAGCGGCGUUGAGUGCGAUAAGACUCAGUUCGUUGGCAAAGCGACACGCAGCAGAUGUAUAA